UACGAUACAAAAUAUAACACGCGGCAGCUAGCUCAGAUCGCGUCGGCAGCUCGAAGAUCAUCAAUAUUACUCCCUGACAUGCCUGAUGACUGUCUGAUCAAGACUGCCAUCGUCGAGUAACUAGCAGUAGCAGCUGCUUGAGCAGAUCAAUUUAUAUUCGUUAUAAACAUCGAGCGGGAUCGGAGACCAACCUAUCCAUUGAGCACCAUGUCGAUGCGCUAUGGCCCAGUGGAACUGAGCGUGCCUCCUGGAUUCCAGAACAUACUCCAUCUCAUCUCCCAGGAAGUUCUGCGGGAGAAGCCCGCAAACACACUGGAGUUCAUCGCCAGAUUUCUGGACGAUCUACUGGCCAUCAGAGAAGCGUCUGGUUACGACCCAGUCACGCAGGGUGAGAUGAUCAACCGAGUACAGGAGCAAUACUGGAAGAUCGUGAAGAUGAGGAAGAAUAGCAAACUCAUCAGUGAAAACGAAAUGAUGGAGAAAACUGUGGAAAGCACGCCGGAGGUUUGGGGUGGAUCAGGCGACAUAGCAGCACCAGCAUCUGUUGAGGAGAACGCGGAAGUUUUGGUGACAAUCGCAAUGCACCAGGAAAACGGGGAAGGGACGGAGCAAUAUCAACCGACAGACGAAGAAAUGGUGGAUGAGCCGCAUCUGGUUACCGAGCAACCAGAAGCUGUCGCCGAGCAACCAGAAGCAGCACCUGAUGAUGAGCAAGCGGUGGGGAGUGCGGAAGAUACCACUCAAAAAGAGGAGGGUGAAAAUCUGGAGGGACAAGAUGAAGGUAUAGAAGACACCACUGAUCAAGUGGCCAUGGCAACAGAGGAGGAAGUGGAAACUCCUGCAGAGACAGGGGAAGUUGACGAAAAGAAUGAGGAUGAAUAAUGUAGUGACCAGGUGAAAAACCCACACAUUAAUGUUGAAAAAUUCACGUUCACUUAUGUCGUGUCAUCAGAAACGGGUCUUUUUUCCACAGUAAGUGAGGGUUGACUGACAGUGCAUUCAUAAGCGUGCAAUCAAUGUGUAUGACAUGUAAAUUCUUGCAAAAUCUUGCCAUCUUGUUUUUAACCGACUUCUUUCUUUUCUUCACAACAAUCUUUAGAUCCAACAUUCACAACUAGCUUGAAAAAAUGUUUACGGUCAAAUCUGGCAAAGUAGAAUCCAUUUCUGAGGUGGAACCAGGUUCGCGCUCAAGUAGUACAUGUACGUACGCACUCCAAUUCGGGCGAUUCACAAUGCAGUGCGCCACCAAGAGUUUGCCAUGGAGAGUCCAUUUUUCAAGUUUACGGUCGACAAAACAUGGCCCAUUUGAAUGAGUGUCAGUAGACAACUUGAUCUAAUAUGUUAUGAAUUGGAGCAUAGCGUUCUGCCGCCUUACAAAAAACACCAUAUUAAUAAUAAGAAAAGAAAAGGGCAAACAGAUCCUCGAAUCAUACGCUUACGAAACUACUGACCGGAAAAAUUAACAAUUUCAAAUGUCCCGCGCUGCGAAUUUGCCGACCAUCUCCCACAAUGCACUGGGAAAAAUGAACUCUCUGUGGCAAACUCUUGGUGGGGCACUGCAUUGUGAAUCGCCCGAAUUGACCAAUAGGGGUAAAAAAUGCGCGCGCAUCUUGUCUUUAAGAACGUGUCCGGAAUGACAUCCGUGUGCACGCGGAUGUCAUUCCGGCGCCUCAAAAAUGGCCUCUAAUUUUAUUCCCAGGUUUACUCUAUAUAGAAAUAGUGAAUGUGUUGUUUUUUAAAAUGUAACUGUUGAAGAGUUUUAACA